AUGGCGGCCAAGCUUGGCUUGCCCGACGACGAGAUUGACCGGCUCCUCUCGGAGGCCGAGGCUCGGCUUUCUGGCUCUGGCAAUGGCACCGAUGAUGCGGUAGCUGCCGCGCCGGCCGUGAAGGCUCCUGCAACAAUUGUUGCGGCGCCUGUCGCGGCAGCUGCUGGGGAGCCGGCAGCUGAACCGAACAAGAAGUCGGAGAAGCUGUCGGUUCGAGUUCCCCAGCUUCCCCAGAAAAAAAAGACCAAAGAUACUCUCGGCUCUGACUGGUACAACUUGCCUCGCACGAACUUGACGCUGGAGCUGAAACGAGAUUUGCAAAUCUUGCGGAUGCGUGACGUCGUUGCGAUGGGCAAGCAGUUUUUCAAGAAGGAUUCGCGCAAGGACUUCAUCCCGGAGUACAGUCAGGUCGGCACCAUUAUUGCGGGGGCCACUGAUGGCGCCAGCGGCCGUCUGACGCGCAAGGAGAGAAAGCGAACAAUCGUCGAGGAGGUCCUGUCGGGCGAGAACACCAACAAGUUCAAGAGCAAGUUCAAUGCAAAGAUGCAUCCGCCGCGGUUAAUAAGGCCACUACGGCCUCUGCUUCAGGGGCAGUUGGCCCAUGCAGCAUCUCGGACGGCCGCGGUCGGCAUCCCUCGCGCCUCAACGCCGCGCCGGACCUAUGCUUCGGUCACCGAUGAAACCGAUGCUGCGAAGCCGAGCGCGACGACUCCACCAGCCGCCGAGCCGGCCAAACCCGCCGAACAGGCCGAGACCAGCGACUCCGGCGACGGCGUCCGCGUCUCGCGCAUGCCGCGGGCGCUGGAGGCGCUCUACCUGAGGCCGCUGCGGCGCGAGGCCCAGUACGGGGUGCCGACGUGCAACCUGCAGCUGCGGGCGUACUCGGCGCGCAACCUCGAGUUCUUCUGCGACUUCGCGCUGCGCGCGGCCUACUUCCUGGGCCUGCCGGCGUUCGGCCCCGUGCCGCUGCCGCGGCUGACAGAGCGCUGGACGGUGCCCCGGUCGACCUUCAUCUUCAAGAAGAGCCAGGAGAACUUCGAGCGCAUCACGCUGCGCCGCCUCAUCCAGAUCCGCGACGGCCACCCGGAGACGGUGCAGAUCUGGCUGGCGUUCCUGCAGAAGCACGCGUACUACGGCAUUGGCAUGAAGGCGAAUGUUUGGGAGUUUAGCAAGCUCGGCGUCGGGAAGGAGAUGGACAAGAUGGCCGAGGAGACGGAGAAGCUGCUCGAGGACAAGUGGUACCACCUGGGGUAUUUGGAGGGACGGCACCUACCCGAGGGCAAGACUCAGCACCCGAAGCUGCCGGCGGCAGAAGAUCUCGAGGAGUAUCUGGCUCAGGAAAGGAGGAGGAUUGCUGGCGGCCGCGUGAGCGCGGAUGGCCCAAAGGUCAUCUGCUCGGGCAUCCAGCCGACCGGCGUGCCGCACCUGGGCAACUACCUCGGCGCGCUGCGCGAGUGGAAACGUCUGCAGGAUACGGAACCCCCCGAGACGAAGCUGAUCUUCUUCAUCGCCGACCUGCACGCCUUGACCGUGCCGCGGCCGAGGGAGGAGCUCUCCGAGGCCAGAAUGCAGCUGCUGGCCGCCCUCCUCGCCGUCGGGCUCCGGCCGGACCGCUGCACCAUCUUCUUCCAGUCGAGCGUCCCGGCCCACGCGGAGCUGCAGUGGAUCCUGAGCUGCACCGCCUCGACCGGCUACCUGUCACGCAUGACCCAGUGGAAGGCCGCCGACAUCCUGGUGCACCGCGCCACGCACGUCCCCGUCGGCGAGGACCAGCGCCAGCACCUCGAGUUCACCCGCGAGUGCGCGACCAACUUCCGCCACACGUACGGCUCGGACGCCCUGGUGGCGCCCGAGACGCUGAUCGCGCCCUCGCCGCGCGUCAUGUCGCUCACGAACCCGACGGCCAAGAUGUCCAAGUCGGACCCGUCGCCCAAGUCGCGCAUCCUCAUCAUCGACUCGGAGGCGACGAUCCAGCAAAAGAUCCGCCAGGCGCUGACCGACUCCCUCAGCGACUCGGUCUCGUACGACCGCCCCGCGCGGCCCGGCGUGUCCAACCUCAUCGACAUCCUAGCCGCCUUCGACCCGCGCGGCCGCGACCCGGCCCAGCUGGCCCGGGAGGAUCUGGACGGCGUCAAGAUCCCCGAGCUGAAGCGGCGCGUGACGGAGGCGCUCGUCGCCGAGCUGGGCGGCAUCCGCGACCGCUAUCUCGACCUGAGCGCGCGGCCGGCCUACCUCGCCGACAGUAGAAGAAGCGUCCCCCGCUAG